AUGUCAGCAGCAACGAAUCAUUACGAUUAUCUAGUUAUUGGUGGUGGGUCCGGUGGUGUGGCUUCUUCCAGAAGAGCAGCCAAAUACGGUGCUAAAACACUGUUAAUUGAAGGGAAGGCCAUGGGUGGUACAUGUGUUAAUAAAGGUUGUGUCCCUAAGAAGGUCAUGUGGUAUGCUUCUGAUUUGGCUACAAGAAUUACACAUGCUCAUUCUUACAACUUGUUCGAAGACUUGCCUUUAACCAAGGACAAUUUGACCUUUAAUUGGCCAGAAUUUAAGAAGAAAAGGGAUGCCUAUAUUCACAGAUUGAAUGGGAUUUACGAAAGAAACUUGACUAAGGAAGGUGUUGACUUUAUUUACGGUUGGGCUAGCUUUACGGAGGAUGGUAAGGUUCAAGUAAGAAAGGCUGAUAAUUCUGUCGAAACGUACACUGCCGAGCAUAUAUUGAUUGCUACAGGUGGUAAGCCAGUAUUCCCAUCAAAAGUUCCUGGAUAUGAGUAUGGUAUAAGUUCAGAUGGAUUCUUUGAAUUAGAGAAGCAACCAGAAAAGGUUGUAGUUGUGGGAGCUGGUUACAUCGGUGUCGAGUUAGCUGGUGUUUUCAACGGUUUAGGUUCCGACAGUCAUUUAGUUAUUAGAGGUGAAACUGUCUUGAGAAAGUUCGAUCAAUGCAUCCAAGACACCGUCACAGAUACUUACAUAAAGGAAGGUGUUAACAUUCAUAAGUCUUCCAACGUCACCAAGGUGGAGAAGGACGAGAAAACAGGGAAAUUGACCAUCUUUUUAGAUACUGGCAAAAACAUUACUGAUGUAGACUCUCUCAUUUGGACCAUAGGCCGUAGAUCCAUGCUGGGCCUCGGUUUAGAGAACAUUGGGGUUAAGCUAAACGAACGUGAACAAAUUAUUGUUGAUGAAUACCAAAACACUAAUGUGAAGAAUGUCUAUUCUUUGGGUGAUGUUGUUGGUAAGGUUGAAUUGACACCUGUAGCUAUUGCUGCCGGCAGAAAAUUAGCCAAUAGGCUAUUUGGUCCGGAUCAAUUCAAGAACCAAAAGCAAGACUAUGAAAAUGUUCCAAGCGUCAUCUUCUCUCAUCCAGAGGCCGGUUCAAUUGGUUUGUCAGAAAAAGAAGCCAUCGAGAAGUUUGGUAAGGAAAAUGUUAAGGUUUACAACUCCAAAUUCAAUGCCAUGUACUAUGCAAUGAUGAAUGAAGAAAAUAAAACUCCAACAAGAUACAAGUUGGUCUGUGCAGGUGAAGAAGAGAAAGUUGUCGGUUUACACAUUGUCGGCGACUCUUCUGCUGAAAUACUACAAGGGUUUGGCGUGGCCAUCAAGAUGGGGGCUACCAAAGCUGAUUUCGACUCUUGUGUGGCUAUCCACCCAACUAGUGCCGAAGAAAUUGUCACUCUAACUUAA